GUUGGUAGAGAUAGAGUUGGUACUAAUGAGUGACUUAUUCUGUUGUAGCAGAACUCGCCAAGUCUCAGUGGAGUUUUUUGCUGAGAAAUUACCUGAUUGUAAUUUGCAUGUGUCAGUGCCAGAGGCCAAAAUGUUAGCGGGGAAGGGUGUGUGUGAGGAGAAGCAGUGGAAAAAUUACAUGAAGGUUUAGUCAACAGGGUUGAAUGUAGGGCUCCUCACAAAAGAAGCCUCAUUUAUUACGCAACUUGAUCUCUCCCUGUGAGAUCAUAUGUGAAAAAAAACAGGUUGGGUCAUGUCUGAGGGCGUUGGCCCAUGGAAUUUGUAGAUAAGGAUGGUUUAUACCAGCGUGUUCCCAGCAUAGAGAGGCCAGUUACAUUCUGCAGCUUCCAGAGGGAGUAAGUCUCCUGAGGAGUACAGUUAUUCCAAUUUUCUUGUGACCCAGGUAUCACUACCGAGACUGCAAUGGCAUGGUGGAAGGCCUGGAGUGAAGCAGAGGGCAGGUCCGUGACAGGUGCUUUAAACUUUGAUCCUGCACCUGAUGCUCAGACUCUGUACAAGGCCAUGAAGGGGCUUGGGACCGACGAACAAGCUAUAAUUGAUGUCCUGACCAAGAGGAGCAAUAUGCAACGUCAACAGAUUGCCAAAUCCUUCAAAGGACAGUUUGGAAAGGAUCUGAUUGACAGCCUGAAGUCUGAACUCAGUGGCAACUUUGAGAGGCUCAUUGUCGCUCUCAUGUACUCCCCCUUCAAGUAUGACGCCAAGGAGCUCCAUGAUGCCAUGCAGGGUAUAGGAACAAGUGAAGAUGUUAUCAUAGAGAUCCUGGCAUCCCGGACAAAAGCGCAGAUCAAAGAGAUAAUCAAGGCGUACAAAGAAGAAUAUGGUUCUGAUCUGGAAGAAGACAUAAAAUCAGAAACAAGUGGCUACUUGGAACAGAUUCUGGUUUGCCUUCUUCAGGGUGAGAGGGACAAUGCCACUCUCUACGUGGACACAGCACUGGCUCUCCAGGAUGCAGAGACUCUCUAUGCUGCUGGGGAGAAGAUACGGGGCACGGACGAGAUAAAGUUCAUCACCAUCUUGUGCACAAGAAGUGCCACACACUUGCUGAAAGUGUUUGAAGAAUACCAGAAACUGGCCGGUAAGAGCAUAGAAGACUCUAUCAAGAGCGAAACUCGUGGUUCACUUGAGGAUGCCAUGCUGGCCAUUGUGAAAUGCACCAGGAAUGUCCGUUGCUACUUUGCAGAGAGGCUGUACCAUGCCUUAAAGGGGGCUGGCACCCAUGAUGGGACUCUUAUAAGGGUGAUCGUUUCUCGAAGUGAAGUUGACUUAAAUCUUAUAAAGGUUGAAUUCAAGCAUAUUGCAGGAAAGUCUCUCUCCAGUAUGAUUCUGGAUGACACCAGCGGUGAUUACAAGACAGCCUUGCUGAAUCUCUGCGGCGGUGACUGAUAAAAUCUAGGAGGAAGAUGCUGAUACGGGUACAGAGGGAAAAUUAAGAGUAAACAAGGGUCUGAAGAUGUACAUGUAGAAAAUCUUUCUAUUGAUCCAAAUGGGGAGAAGAUCAAAUUAAUGGUCAAGAUUUCAAAGCUCUCUGAAGGACGUGGAUGCUCAUUACAUAUUAAAAGCUAUAUACUUUCCUGAUAGUUUUUCAAA